AUGCGCGAUAGGAGCGAUAGCGAUUCCGAGAGGGACGAAGAUUUUAGGAGGAGGCGUGGGCGUAAGGAGCGAAACGAUAGCCCCGAUUCUAUCGAUGGUGACUCUAGCGGGAGUGACGAGGACGCGCGCGAUGUAGGCCGCGGAGAGGGGAGAGCGCGGAACGUGCGGGGCGCGGGGGGAGAUGGGCGGACGGAUGAGCGGAAGGGCCGCGGACCUUCUGAGAGUCCACCGGAGGACGACGGGGGAAGGCGGGGAGGGGGGAAGCAGGAAAGGGGAGGCGGAGAUGGGCGCCCGGUGAUUGCGCGCAGCAGGGGGAGGCACGACUCGGACGAUGAGAGCGACGAGGAGAGGGGUGGUAGCGAUGGCGGAAGAGGGGGCGGAAGGGGUGGCGCAAGGGGCGGAAAGGGGAAGACUCGGGGGGAUUUUGAGGAGGAGGAGGAGGAGCGUGCGGAAGCGAAGAAGAGUGUAGGAGGACGAAGGGGAGAGAGGGAGCGUGAUGUGGAAAAUGAUGGGGUGGAGGAGGAGGGGAGUGAGCGUGAGCGAUGGGAGAUAGGUGGUGGGAGGGAGGGGGCGCGGGUUGGGCGGAAGGAGGAGCGCGGGGGGGAGAGGAGGCGCGGGGGUCGCGCGGCGAGUGAGGAGCGGGAGAAGCGUGAUAUGGGUGAGGGGAGGAUGGGGAGAGGUAAGAUGAGGGAGAGGGAUGGCCUUGGGGAAGAAGUGCGAGAUCGCGAUGGGGGAAGGGGCAAGGAGAGCGGCAGGGGAAGGGAGGGCGAGAGGGGACGAGACGUGGAGAGGCGACGGGAGAGGGAGGAUGAUGGCGGAAGGGAUAGGCGAAGGGAUGGCGAGAGGGAGAGGGAGAGGGAUAGAGAGCGAACGGCAGGAGGGGGAGGGACAGGACAGGGCGACACAGGCGGAGAGGGUCCGAUUCGGAUGGGAGUGAGAGCAGCGGCGAGUGGGAGAGGGAGAGGGAGAGGGGGAGGGGUAGGGGAAGGGAUGAUAGCGGCCGCCGCUGCUGGCGGAGCAGCAGGCCCGGCAGCAGGCUCGGCAGCAGCAGGCAAGGCAGCAGCAGCGGCGCGGGACACUGGGCGCACGGGAGGCGCGUACAUCCUGCCGUUCAAGCUGGCGCGCAUGCUGCAGGAGGUGAACGACCGCAGCAGCGCCGAGUACCAGCGCCUGACGUGGGACGCCCUGCGCAAGUCCAUCAACGGGCUGGUCAACAAGGUCAACGCCAGCAACAUUAAGAACAUCAUCCCCGAGCUGUUUGGGGAGAACCUGGUGCGGGGGAGAGGGCUGCUGUGCCGCGCGUGCAUCAAGUCGCAGAUGGCCAGUCCGACCUUCACGCACGUGUUUGCGGCGCUGGUGGCCGUGGUGAAUACUAAGUUCCCAGAGCUGGGGGAGCUGCUGCUUAAGAGGAUUAUUCUGCAACUAGUUGCGGUGGUGAACACCAAGUUUCCCGAGUUGGGGGAGCUGCUGCUGAAGAGGAUCAUUUUGCAGUUCCGAAGGGCGUUCCGACGCAAUGAUAAGCCGGUGCUGGUGGCAGCGUGUCGCUUCCUGGCCCACCUGGUGAACCAGCAGGUGGCUCACGAGAUUGUGGCGCUCGAGCUGCUCACACUGCUGCUGGAGACGCCCACGGACGACAGCGUCGAGGUGGCAGUGAGCUUCGUGAAGGAGUGUGGCGCCGUGCUGCAGGACCUCUCGCCCCAGGGCCUGCACAGUGAGUGCUCUUGCCUUAGGGCCUGCACAGUGAGUGCUCUUGCCUUAGCUUGGACUUAG